UUCACAAAGCUUUCCAAAGAUUACUCAGGGAAUUCCUCAACGUACCCUGCUAGUGAUUGAGGUAGAGUUUACUCGUCAUGUGCAGAGACGCAUUUUUCAUGUUACGCGAGUUUUGUAAGUCUUGUAGGUUACCGUUAUACUGCAACGAUACGAACUUUAUCUUUCAUAAAAUCAUCAAUGUCUAAGAUGUCAUAAGCUCAUAUUUCUUAUAAAGUUAUAGAAGGUGCCGAUGGAGCUCCAAUUUUUGACACAACAGAUAUGUCAAGAGUUUUAUUACACGACAAAAUAACAGGCAAAAUUAAUUUUAUUUGUUUGACUGAGCACGUUAUUGAUAAUGUGCUAAAACCGUACGGAUUCGAGAUGUUGCCUGAAAAAGAUGUUGCUGUAGCCAAUUCAUCUGACUGUACAGCUAAUUCAAAGAAAACUAAGAACACGAAUCCGAGAAUUUUAAAAGAGAGUAAUGGAAGAACUUUGAAUAAAGAAAUGAAAAACAUGUAGACGGACAAAAGUAGAGCAAUGCUUCUACACUUAUACAAAAAGUACAAAUGUGAUUUUGAUUCCAAUAUCAUAAAAAAGAUGAUGUUUCGACUAAAAUUGCUUGUGAUAUGAAAUGUGAAGACUAUAAUUUUGCUGCAACACAAUGCAAACAAAAAAUGAAAUAUAUGAAGAAAAAGUACUUCAAAGAAAUAGAUAACAUGGGUCCUAAAAGUACUGGUGCAGCACCAUUAAAAUGUGAUAACUUCGACGAGCUUGAUGAACUGUUUGGAAAUAAGCCCAAUGUUAUUCCUGUCGCUAUAGCUAGUUCAUCAGGAAAUGUUGCGCAGGAGUUCAGUGAUGUAAAAGAUUCUGAAAAGAAACAGCGAAAGAUAGCGAGUGCAAUAAGUCUUAGCGAUCUGAAAAUGAUACUUGAAGAAAAAGAAAAAGCGAAAAAGGUCAGGCAUGAACAAAGACAAGAACUUUUUCGACAAAGUAUAACUUCUCAUGAACAUAUGAUGGACAAAUUACUGGAUAAGUUGCGAGAAGAUUGCUUUUGUUCCGAUUUAUUAUUGCAAUAUAUAUACAUAUAUAAUAACGAAUUAAUUAUUAGAAUUAGUAUUCAUUGUAAGAUUAUCGAAGUACAUAUUCAAGAAAAAUGAAAUUAAGUAGUAUUAGAAUAUCUCUACGUGAUGAUCGGAAUUUUGGAAAACGAAAUCCAGGAAAAGUACGAUCAAUCAGAAUUGUUUAAGUUUAGCGUAUUUGUGUAAUGUGCUAAUCUAAGUAGUCGUAUUAUUUUUCCGAAAUUCAGUUUUCUGAAAUUUUGACUGUCAUGGGGAAGCAGCCUCAAUAAUUCAACAAGUUUUAUUUAAUUAUCGUUUUUUCUUGAAG